AUGCGUGAUAAAAAUAAGGGCAACGUUACCAAAGUUCGCUUGCAAAACGUGGGCAAUCAGUAUUUUGCGGUACUAAUAGCAAAUUUAAUCUGUAUCGGUCAUGGAAAUCUACUCGGAUGGAUGUCACCCUCGCUACCGACACUCUUAUCGGAGACUACUCCAUUGAAAACGGGACCAUUAAAUAACGAGCAGCUGUCAUGGGUUGGAUCGAUAAAUAGUAUCGGUGCAUUAUGUGGAACAUUCAGCACUGGAUUAUUAACUACGUUUAUUGGAUGCAAACGAGCGAUGAUUUUUCUCACGUUGCCAUCGUUGAUUUUCUGGGUGCUCGUUUUCAUUGGCGAUACAUACUACCACGUCUUAAUCGCGCGGAUUUUUACUGGCUGGACUGGAGGCGGCAUUCAAACGACUCUAAUCUUAUUUACUUCUGACAUCGCCAAUGAUAACAUUCGUGGUCGACUUGGUUGCUUUACGCCUUUAGCAAGAAAUAUUGGUAUUCUGAUGGCGUAUAUUGUGGGCGCUGCUGUUAAUUACUUCAUAGUUCCAUGCAUUUUCAUAUUCAUUCCGAUUCUGUUCGUUGUUUGCUUUUCAUUUCUUCCCAACACUCCACAGUAUCAUUUACUACGGGGUGAAUCAAAAGAAGCCGAAGAUUCGUUAAAAUUUUACAAAGGCUUUAAAGGAAAAAAUGACGAGGAAUCAAAUGCCCUCAAUGAGGAAUUUGAACGCUUGAAAUCAAUUGCGCACGAGAAAAAAGCUGACGAGAAAAUUGAUCCAAAAGACAUCUUUAACAAAGCUGCGAUACGUGGAUUAGUGAUUGGUGUGGUACUGGCAUGGCUGACACAAUUGACUGGAACUUUUAUUUUUUCCACCUAUGCGGUUCUGAUCUUUAAAAAAGUUGGCGUUUCGCGAAUCGAUCCAUAUGUUGCUUCCAUUGUGAUGGCUUGUGUUCAAAUUUUUGGCAGUUUUUGUACAACACAAAUCUCAGAUCAUUUGGGCCGAAAGUUUUUAGUGUUAAGUUCACUGUUUGGCGCUGCCUUUGGUCUGUGUUCAUUCGCAAUGUAUGCGUAUUUAGGCCAUGUUGGCUUCGAUUUAUCGUCGUAUGAUUGGAUACCGGUCAUUUGUUUAUGUUUUGUCAUUUUCAUCGCAUCGGCUGGCAUUAUUCCAUUGGCCGUUGUGUGUACCGUGGAAAAUCUUCCGUCAAAGAUUCGUACACUUGGUUUGACGAUAUCCACAUUUGGUUAUAAUUUUGCAUGUUUUACUUGCUUAAAACUAUUUCCACUUUUGAUGGAGAUGAUUGGACUCCAUUGUUGCAUGGCCAUUCUUGGGAUUGGUUGCAUUCUUGGCGCAUUGUUUGUGUUCACAGUGAUGGAAGAAACAAUGGGACGAUCCUUAGAACAAGUCGAUAAGGAAGUGGCUAGAGUACACAAGAAGAGUUACGGUCAGUUACCAACCUACGUACCGACUGUUGAAACUUGUCCCGACAAAAAAUAA